UGUGUACCUGGCCAAGGAAGAGGACCUCCCUUUUUAUAUGACGUUGUCAGAGAAUAUCGAGUGUCAGGGCCUAUUCGGUGAGAGAGGAUGUACGACGACCUCUUGUUGAUAGAAAGAAGAUUUCACUUUCAGGGAGUGACAAACCACUAAAAUAUUCCCUAGCGUAGAGUAGUUAUUCUCUGCACAGGAUGUUAUGACUCUGAUAUUGUUGUCGCUUAGUGCUUUCCGUCCAGCCCAAGUUUAGUUACAGAUAACUCGGGAUGACCGCUCAGAUGCACUAUCAGGAUUGGGCCUUGAUAAAGAAGAUGAGUCGUGAUGAAUCGACCGAGUCUAUUCGAGACUGUAGCGAGGGACUCCAUCUUUCACAAUUUUACCAUUGAAUAAUCGGUCAGGAGUUGUCUUAGUAAAAAUACCGAAAUCACUUAAUUUAUAAAAUCCGAGCUAUGGGAAAUUUGAUCAGUUAGGGGCAUAUCAGCUACUAUUCCAAACUUCGUCUUAUGUCUCAGAUCUGGGAUUUACCCUGACCAUGUCUGAUCAGGAAUUAUGCAGUUGAUGUCACUAGGUGGUCUAACUCCCGUCUUUCCUUGACUGCUGAUCGUCAUAUUCUCCUUACUAUUAAUUGUCACGUCUUCUUAACUUUUGACUGCAAUAUAUUCUUGAUUUUUGACUGUCAUAUAUUCUUGAUUUUUAACUUCCUGAUUUUAUUAGACCCCUCCUUUAUGUAUCGUAUCAGUAAACAUUCGAUUUAAAGAAUGAUUGCACAUGAAAAAUGAUUAUGUAAAUUUAAUAAAUUAAAUAAUUUACUCUGAAUUUCAAAAAUAUUAUAAAUAAAUUGACAUGAAUUGUUUUAGUAUCAUAUCUAUUCAAAUUUUGACUCAGGAGGAGUUUUACUGGGUAACCAAAGCCUUAAACUAAUAUUUCGUCUAUCCCAGGCUAAUGGAGCACAAAUAAAGCUAGUGUAGAGAUGAUUGGCUAGUCUACAAGUCGAAGUGGCUUAUGACACGGGCCACCUCCUCACAGAAAAAGAUCGCAUUUACCCAUCAAUCAAUAAAGUUAGGAGCAGAGAACAAAAGAAUAACAAUAAUAAUCGAGUGACCACCAUCCAAUUUCUCAAUUUCAAAUCGAACAAAGGCGGUGCGCAUCAGUCGCCACGCCCAUCAGGAAAGCGAUCCGAUGGCGGUGGGAAACGGGGGACCAGCCGCGGAGACACGGAGCCGCCCGCCCCUCGAAACCCCAGGACUUUGGAACACACCUAACGCCACCGCUUUAAUAUCUAGACUCAACCCCACUACUCCACCCAAAGCGGUAACCGCACUACCCCCUAACCCAUCCCUCAUUCCCUCUUCUCCGGCCUUCAUCAACUUAACUCUAGGCUCGAGUUACCCAACCCCCGGUGAGCAAUAUAUAACUCCCCCACUGCCCUCUUCGCCACUUGCCCCACUCUUCCGACUUCGUUUCCACCAUUUCUUGUUGCCCAAGUUUCCAACAGCAGAUUAUUAUUUUUUUUUAUAUAAAAAAAAUUGAAUCAAUUUGGAAAUCAGAAGGAAGGGGAACAGGACUGCCCUGGAAUCGAGUAGUAGUUGAUGAGCGAUCGAAGGAGAUGAGCUGCAACGGAUGCAGAGUUCUCCGCAAGGGCUGCAGCGACUCCUGCCUGCUGCGGCCUUGUCUCCAGUGGAUCGACUCCGCCGAGGCUCAAGCGCACGCCACUGUCUUCGUCGCCAAGUUCUUCGGUCGCGCCGGCCUCAUGUCAUUCAUCUCCUCCGUCCCCCCUUCACAACGCCCAGCUCUGUUCCAAUCCUUGCUGUUCGAGGCAUGCGGGCGGACCAUCAACCCGGUGAACGGCGCCGUGGGCCUACUGGGGACCGGCAACUGGCAUCUCUGCCAGGCAGCCGUGGAGACCGUCCUCCUCGGCGGCGCGCUCCGCCCUCUGUCGCAAUUCGCGACUGAGGGUCACUGCGACGAGGCAUCGCCUGAGGCAGACGGCCUCAGCCCCCCUCCGAAAAUAGGGUUCUCUUCCUUCUCAACGCUCAAGCGACGGAAAGCGCCAGUUCCAUCCUACGAAGACGGAGCGCCGUCGUGCGAUCUGGACUUGUGUCUGGUUCCUCCAUCCCCGCUCGGGGGAGCGAGGGACGAGAAGCGGAGUUGGCGGCCAGGGACACCGUCGAUGAACUCCGAGGGUUCGGUGACGACGAGCGGCGGCGAAAGCCCCGGAAGCGACCCACCCGCCGCCGAACCGAGGCUUCUCAAUCUCUUCGUUUGAAGACGGUUGGUUCCAUAGACUGCCCGCCCUCGCGUCCCUACCCGCUUUGAUCCCGGCGAAAGUUUUGCUGUUGCCCAUAGCCGGCGAGACUCGCAGAUUAAUAUUUUAAUUCUGGUUUUUUAUGGUAACAAGCCGGCUGGAUGCUACCAUUUGGUACAUAAUUAGUGCCCUUAACCUGAUCCACUAAAUAAUAAUAUCUCAUAAUUAGCUUCCUAUCUACAUGGGAAUAAUUAUUUCUUGUACCUAUCUAAACUUGUAGUUGCUGGAUUUUAAUCGAAGACUCAAGUUGCAAUUUUUAACCACCCCAUGUGGUGGAAAAUUAUGAAUCGUCUCCAGAAAAAUCAUAUAAGUUAACGGGACGAUUUCUUUCUGCUUAAUUCGCCAGAUUUAAGCUGCCCUUCUAAAAGAUGCAGUGCCUUCCGAUGUGUCAUACUUAUCCAAACCUCUUGCGUCUUUCACUAUUCCUUUUGACGGCAACAAAGAAGAUAGGGAGAGGUGAAGUCCGUCGGGUAGUGGAGAGAGAAAGUGAACGGCCUUUGGCGAAGCGGAGGAGCCGCGACUGCAGCGGAAGGGAAGGCAUCCCGUCUCCCGCGCGGUGGGCGCUGAGGCGGUGCGAUUGUUUGUUUGUAAAUAAAUCUUCGCUAGCUUUACCAUGGCCAAUACAUGCGGUGCAGUUGAUUCCAACACGCCGCCUUCACUUGCGCCUCGCACCGCCGCGUUCGGUGGCGGGACCCCCUCUCCACUCUCCCUGCUACUGCUACUUGCGCACCGAACCUUCUUCCUUCCUUUUCUCUCUCUUUUUAUCACGAAGACGGGGCGAAUCGACGGUCUUGGGGAAUCAGGAAGAAAUCCGUCGAUGGGCAUGGGAUGAUGGAGGAAGAUGCUGCAGAAGAAGAAGAAGAUAGGAAAGGGGAGGAACCAGUGGCGUCGCAACUUGGAGAUUUUGAUUGUUUUGGAUCGAAAAGAAGUAGCGCGCGGCCGUGGUGCAUGGGUAAUUAAUGUCCAGGCGGUGCGCAGCGUCA